GAUGAUGGCAACGAAGAGACGCAACAUGUCGACGAUCCCAAGCGGCCUCGGGCCUGCGAGGCAUGUCGUGGACUGAAAGUACGAUGUGAUCAAGACCCAGCACGCCCAGAAGUGCCGUGUCGGAGAUGCCAAAAAGCAGGGCGACCGUGUGUCAUCACGGCUCCAACCCGCAAGAGGAUGAAGAAGUCAGACAGCAGAGUGGCCGAGCUGGAAAGGAAACUUGAUGCUCUCACUUCUGUGUUGCAGCAGCAGAAUGGACAGAUCCCGCUUGGCCAGCAGUUCCAAAGCUUCGAUCAUAACAGGACAAACUCGGCUUCGGCCCAGUCUGAUCAAUCUCCUUCGGCAUCCAGCUCGAUGCAGCCGCCGCAGAAACGUCAGCGUGUGGAUGACAGCUCUCGCCAGUCAAGCAUCGCUGCCUAUGGUCCAUCCGCGAAUAGUCAACGACAUCAGUCUACGAGCAGUCCGGCAGAAGUGGAAGUGUGGCCGAGGCUCGAGAUGCCUUCGAGCGGUGAGAGACGCUCGCAGGAGGAUUUCCUCGCACGCAUCCAUUCUCUGAUCAGCCCAGACGUGGCUGCAACAGUCUUUGACCGCUACGUCAACAAAAUGUCGCCGAACAUGCCGGCUGUCAUCUUCCCGCCAACCACCACGGCUAAGGAGCUGGCUAGGGAGAAGCCAAUUCUCUACGUCUGCGUCCUAUCAGCUGCGUCGUUUUCCAUGCUAGGUUCAGAAAUAUGCCGAGGAUUGGCGCGGGAAGCAGUGCGGGCCAUUGCUGAUUGUGUGGUCGUCAAUGGUGCCAAGUCGUUAGAGCUCAUCCAGGCGAUGCAGGUGAUGGUUUUGUUUUACAGACCGCCGGAUAAGUCGGAGCAGAGCAACUACUACCAAAUCACUCACAUGGCGGCCGUCAUGGCCAUGGAUAUCGGCUUGGGAAAGCGGUAUAACGCUCCCAAAACAAAGCGUGGUUUGUGUCCUCCUGGUCAGCCGCUUGUAUCAGUGGCUCAGAAUUCGGACACCAUCGAGGCGAGGAGGGCGUGGCUCUGUUGUUACUACAUGUCCGCGAGUACGUCUAUGGUUCUUCGCCGGCCCAACUUGAUCCAUUGGAGCAACUACAUGAAAGAGUGCGUCGAGAUUCUGGAAACGAGUCCAGAGGCAUUCCCUUCUGAUCGGCUGCUGUGUCAACACAUCAAGAUUCAGCACAUUUGUGAAGAAAUCGGCGUGCAGUUCCUCAUGGACGACAAUACCGCCACCAUCAGCAUCACAGAUCCAAAGGUUGCCUACACCUUGAAGGUCCUUGAAAACGACCUCAAAGCAUGGAAGGACAACAUCCCAGCCGAACUGAAAGGACAUCCGACUUUGACCUUCUUCGAGCACGUGGCCAAUUUAUACCUGCACGAAAUCGCACUCCACUUCAACCACAACGUCGAAGACUUCCGACUUCCCUUUACGGAAGAGUCUCUCCGCAACGUCAACAACAGCUCCGAGACCCUCACCUCCCACCAAGUGGCCGCGCUAAUCGCCUGCAAAAAGGCCGCACACGGCAUUCUCGACACCUUCCUUGCCAUCGACCGCGACACGGUCAAAGCUCUUCCCAUCCUCCUCUACUUCGUCCGCUGCACCUACUCCAUGGUCAUCCUCAUCAAGAUGCAUGUUGCCACCACCACGCCUGGCAGUGAGAUCUCGAAGAUGAUGUCUCCGGACGACCUCAAGGUUGACACCUAUCUUACAAAUCUCACGGACAUGUUCAUCCGCAUCGCGAAUGAUCACAACAUUCGUCCGAAGCCAAAGAUUCUGCGAAUUCUUGAUCUGCUGAUGACCUGGUUUCGCAAACACCAGGCGAACGUUGAAGCGCAAGCGAGGGGUGAACAAGUUCCGCCGGCUCAGCAAUCUGAGCAGACGCAGCGGGAGGACGCAGCACAGCGGCCGCAAUACACCCAAUCUCCACUCGAUCUACUGUCGCAAGUCGCGACAGGGAACCGCCAGUCCCACACUCAGCCUCCUCCGCUUACCCACGAGAACAGUAACACCAGCAGUAGCCGCUCCUGGACUUUCAACUCCUCUUCC